AUGGCCACAGCAGAACAGACAAAGCAACAACAACAACAGCCAACCCUCCAACCGGAGGAGUACUCCGAAGCUGAUUAUGAUACCGACGACUAUGAAUACUCCGACGACGAUGAACCCGCACCUCAACCUCAACCUCAAAAUGUGAACCAGAAAAUGCAGCCGCGAAGACAACAGCAACAACAACAACAACAACAACAACAACAACAACAACAACAACAACAACAACAGCGCAGAACACAAAAAGACGACUACGUUGACAAUGACGACGAUGAUUAUACCUCCGACGAGCUAUAUUCCGAUGAGUACUCCGACGACGAUGACUAUGCCGAUAAAAAGGGCACCCAAGGCAAUGACAUGCAGCCAUACCAAUCAGGCAGACCGUCGAUAACCAACAACAAUAUCUCCGGGGGAAAUACUGAUACCGCUGAGAAGAAGGGGAAGAGCAUAGAUGAAGAGGAAGGGAUGAAGCUCAAGUUGGACUUGAAUCUGGAAAUUGAGGUUGAGCUCAAGGCGCACAUUCAUGGCGAUAUUACUUUGGCUUUACUUGCAUGA